UCUUGUAAAGAGAAACCUGUUAGUUGGAAAAGUUCUAUGGGGAAUUCUUAACUGAAUCCAUUUUAGUUGGUUAUCAGAUGUUGUCUUAUGGCAUUUGUUAAAUACAAGUUUCCAUGUAGGUAGAGUCCCAAUUUACAAUUCCACUAGGCGAGGAGUCAGAAUUUCCAAGCAUUAAUUGUACCGAUUUAUUCCCCUUACAAAUUAUCUCCCAUACCUUUUCUUUUCUUUCAUCAGUUCCUUUAAUGUUUUUUAAUAUGUAAUUUAUUUUGAAAUUGUUUAAUUGCAUUUAGAACUCCUGUGAACUGUAGAAAGUUAGUGGUCAAGUUAGGGAAUUUUAGCUGAAACUCCUAGUAUGUGAAAUAGUCACCAUUUUCUUUAAGUAAAUGUCUAACUUUAUAGAUAUCUUCUCUAAGCCAAUCACUAAAGUAAAUUGUGUGGUUCCCUAUAACAAUGUUUAUGUUGUAGAAGAGACGUUCUACAUUAAAUUCAUCAAUAGUUGUGGGUGUACAGUUUACAUCUAAUCUUUUAAAAUGUUUCAAAACAUCAUGCCAAAAAGGGUUGUGUAUUCUAUUAAUUAAUGAAUUCACAAAUUCACUACCUAGAGAAUGUAGUUUAUCAAGUUCAGGGUACAAGUAUAGUGUGGGUUCCUUUAGUACUGCCUUGUUGUAGAAAAGUCUCUUUAGCCAACUGAUUUUCAUUGCAGGUAGGAAGUAAUAAAUAUUAACCAUUUCCAAACCACCUUUUAUGUAAGGUUGACAUAUCCCUUUCUUACUGAUUUUAGCCUGCUUUCCAGUCCAUAGAAAAUUAAAAAAUGUCUGUUCAAUUUCUUUCAAAAAUGUGCCCUCAGGGUCAGGUAGGUUAUGGAAUAGGUAAGUUAAUUUUGACAUGGCUAAGGUUUUUAAAACUGUUCUUUUCCCAAAUGGGGUAAGCUGAUGCUUGCUCCAUCAGCAAAGUAAUUUUUUUAAUUUCAAUUAGUUUAUCAUCAUAGUUUAAGCUUACAAUACGGUCCACAUCCACCGAGAAAAUUUAAAAAUUCCUGGAUCCCAACAGAAAUUCAUAUCACGCACAAAUCUUAUACCGCAGUUUCUUUUUUUUUUUACUGCCUAUCCAUAUAGCUUGGUUUUCCUCAUAAUUUAUUUUAAGAGCUGACAUCUUUGCAAAGACAGUGAGAAUUUUAACACUUUCUGUAAACGAUACAGUAGGGAAUGACUAAAAUCCACCAAGAAAAGCACAACAUUGCUGACACUGGACUUAGAAUAAGGAAAAGUAAUUCUACCAGAUAUCAGUUUCUUUAGAUUCCCUCAACGGUCUUUACUCUCAACGUAAAAACUUUCAUUAAUAUUGACUCCUUUACGCCACAUUAAGAAGUCAUAUCUGUCCCAUAAUACUCACAUAAAGCCAUCUGUAAUCAAAGAGUCAGAUGAGAGUUAAUUUAAGGCCCUUUCAGACAUUUAUCAGUGUCAAUAACCAGUUUGCUGUUAAAUGCAUUAAAAUUAGAAAAGUAUAUAGUUGCCUUUCUGAAUUAAUGAUAAUCUAACCUAGAUAGUCCCAGUACUAAUCAGUUUAUGGACCUGCAAUAACAUCAGAUGAUAAGAUCGUUUACUGAAUAGCUGGGUGCAACUUAUUUCACAAGAUUGCAUAAAGCUUAAUGAAAGGUAUUAUUUCCCAAUAACUGGGUAAAUAUUCUCCCUUCUCGAAAUACACGUCUAGAAACAUCACCAUGCACAGAAGGAGGUUCACAAUCGUGAUGUGACGUGACGUUCGUACACAGACACGCCUAAUUACAUAAUGCACCAGCUCAAGUGGUUGGGGCCUUUACAGCUAAGCCUUUCUGAAUACAAUCGUGACGUACGUCUGUGGUGUUCAGCUGCUUCUUUUAGUCUGAUUUCAGCUAUACCCAGUCAUUGGGAAAAUAUAUUCCGCUAAUCUUUUAAGCGAAAAUUAUUUUUUGAUCUCCAAUGUUUGGCGAUGAGAGAGAGAGAUAGUUAAUAAACUCAUACUUUUUUGGAUGCUUUCAGGGGGUGCUGGUUAAUAAUAAAAAUGCCUAUAAAUCGUUUUUUCCUGACAGCAUGUAAAUGAUAAGGCAGCUGCAAGCUUUUUGCAAUCAAGUCUGUCAGACAUGCACGAUAAGCUGAAUUGGCUGCUGAAAUUCAUGUUAUCAUCACUCGUAUCCAAUAAAAUCUAAAGUAAAAAAAAAAAAGGUACUAGAUUAACACAAAAUUGAUGCGCAAGCUUUGCAUUAACAUGGUUGGGACGUGAGUCGCUCAUUCAAAUACAUACUAUUUUCCUCUCGCUGGGACAUGAUUUGUUCAAAAAUUCGAAGCCUGGUAGAUUUUCGUUCAGUAUUACCUGGUACUUUUUACAACGCCGGCAAAUGGCUGUAGUUUCCACAACUUUUGCAGUACUUUUUUUCUUUCGAGCUUGUGGGUUUUUUUUUUUCUUUUUGCUUCAGUAAAGACAAAAAAGAGUGCGCUAAUGACUACACUCGUCUUUUCGGUUCGAAAAGGUCAGUUGAUUGCCUAUUAGUACUCCCCUUUGAUCUCCACCAGUAAACUGUGCCUAAGAGACAAAUUGCUGAAGCACAAAUUUAUCAGGUGAAACAAGAUGAAUUUGGCUGUUCCUUUCGGAACGGAAAUGCUGAAACGUUCGCAUUAACAUAACAAUUAUUUUAGAUGAGGCAAGAGGGGUGGGUAAGGGAAUUGAUGUUUGACACCAAGUCUGCAACUAAGCCUUUAUCGCAAGAAAGCAGCCAGCCACGUAAACAGGUGCUCCAUGCAGAGAAAGAAUAGGAUGCCCAAGACAACAUUUAAAUCUAUGACAGUCAAUCUUUACUGUAAUUUUAAAACGCGAUGGCGUUCUACUGUUCCUCUUUUCCCUUCUUUAUAUAUAAAUAACAGUUGCCAAUUUCUCGUAGUUUUUACAUAUAUAUAAUUUUUAUCAUUAUUGUCUCUCGUCUUCUACUUCGCGGUUGGGGAUUGGGGUAAAGGGGACGGGUAUUUGUAGCAUUACAAGACUUGAAGAGAGUAGAGAUUAGGACUAUGACUGACAGGAAGGAAGAUUAACCUGUCACCAGCCCUCACAUACCGCAAGGAGGCCUGAAGUCGGUGAAGCAGGAAAAGGGAUGGUGGAGGUGUUGGGGCAAUCAAUCGUCCAAACAGUUUAGGCAUGUCAAAGGUCGAGCCACACAGCAAAUUAUUUCAUAUUGAUUGUGAUUAGGUCAGUGCGACGGACGGGGAAAGUAGAGGGGUGGAGGAGGAUGAAGCCAGAAUUAGGUGGCAUCACUGGUGUUAGAGGGUGGUGGAGAGGAGAAAGGCGUGGAUGGAGGGAGCCACUUCUAGAGACGGGAACCUUCAUUGGACGUUUGCCGCCAUGUUUGGUCUGCGCUAACCGAGAGGAGGGGGGAGUUGAGACGUGCCAACCGAAUGUGCGCUGAUAUCUUCCCACCCCUCUCUUUUCCUCUCCUUCCUUCUUUGUCGCCAGUUCACCAGUCGCUUUCUUGCUUAUGGCUCCUGUCUGUUUCUCCCCCACCCUACUCCUGCUUUUGUUCUCUUGCAGACGCCCCCCCCUUUCCUCUCCCUCCCUUCGCAAGUCUUUCGCUGUCUGUGAACUCUACCUUGGCAAUUCCACGCUCGCCGUCGCAGCGAUUUUCCCUGGGUCGCGCGGUAGGGACAGCCUCGUCUAUGAAAAGGAUGAGAAGUGCGCGGUCACAAGGUGUAGACGACAGCUUUCACGUGCGCAUCCUCAUGCGACCGCACGACCGUCCAUCCGUCCAUCCUUCGUGAACCUGCAUCCCUUUCUUUUCUGCCCCUCUGUGCAUGCUCCUAGGCGGUUCGUCGAAUUUGGUCCUCAUUUUUUUCUUGCGGGGGUCUUCGCGACUACAGCGUGACUACUAAGGAGAAGGACUCUUGGAGAUUGCCUCGGCUCGGCCCAGGCGGUUGUAAUGGCUUUACGCGCGCAUCGUUAGGUGUCUUUCUGAACCAGGUUUGCGGCAUUGGAAUCCAAUUACCUGCAGCACAAUGCGCACUGUUCCGUUUCCAAUUUCCAGCCCAAAGCGAUUCUUUGCCGGAAAUUUCAGACAAUUAAAUUAGUGUCUCAAGGAAGGCAGAAGGUCCAGCAAAGAACCCGAAUUCGGUACCUGGCUACUGGGAAUAGUACAGCGCCCCGUGAUUGAUGUUGUUGUGGAUCAAUCCACGUACAUUACACUCGGGGUGAAAGGAUACUCAACACUUGAUCCAAUAGGAAGAUUGUUUUCGUCUAGAAUCUGUAGCGGAUACUAGCGAAAAACCUACAAUCAUCCACAAAAAGACGCCUUUGACAUCGUGAAGUCCUCGUGUGUUACUCCAGGUCGGGUGAGGCAGUUGUUCGCAGGACCCUCGGUGGGCAGGUCACAGCUUUGCGUCAUGGACGUCUCGGAAGGAAGCUGUCACAGCGGUGACGAGCUGUCGUCUACCCGAGACGAGUCUUGUUACACACUCUCGCAUUCCACUACCUCGUCUCUAGCUGCCAAGGACAUCAUUAUCAUUUCUCUCUCAGAACUCAAGGAUAGCUACUGCACCUCCAGAACCGCGUGCACCGAAGAAAAUGAACUGCUGAGCGCCAACUCGAUAAAGAUGACGGACGCACCUUUUGGCCGUUCGGACUCAGAGGAUGACAUCAUCGAGGACUACGACGACGUGGUGAACAUCAAGGGUGCGUGCUGUAAAGAUCGCACGCCGCUGGAGCGCGGACUCCUCAUCCUCAUUGCCGCUCUCUUCCUCGUCAUCGUCGGCCUUGCAGUCGGCCUCACCCGCCCAAAGCUGAUCCCACAGGAAGAUUACUGCAGGUCACCACAGUGCGUGCAGGCAGCCAGCUCCAUCAUGGAGGCCAUGAACCCCAGCAUGGAUCCUUGCGAGGACUUCUUUGAAUAUGCCUGCGGAGGAUGGGUCCGAAAUAACCCGAUACCCAAAGGUUACAACAAGUGGGACAGGGUGCAGGAACUUUCAGGCCAGAACUUAUAUGUUCUAAAAACUCUCAUAGAGUCUGAGAAGUCCCAGAAGGGGGAGGCAGAGUUGAAGGUGCGGAGGUUCUAUCGAAGUUGCAUGGCUGACGGCGCGGACUCGCAGGAGGCGAACCUGGCCAGUCUGCGCGCCCUCGCUCGUGAGGCAUACGACUGGUCCAUCUCGCGUGACGUCAACGCCAGCACGUGGUUCUUCAACACGGCCUUGGAGAGGAUCCACAGGCUGGGCGCUUGGCCGUUCUUCCGGGUCACAGUUGACGUUGACGAACGGAACCCGACGUCCCGGUAUAUUUUGAAGCUGGACAUCGGAGAGACGGUGCUGCCGCACGACGUAUACCCGCCCUCACCAGCCACAUCGUCAUCUGCAUCACACAAACCUUCCCAUUCGCAGUCAGACGGCAGCAUCAACCAGGACGACAAGCAGUUUGACCAGUCGUCUGCCAACCAGCCCUUGGACGCAGCAUCUUUCACCUCUGCCACCACCACCACGACCUCCUCACUACCAGCAGUGGUAGCUCAACCACCUCCGGCUCUUCGGUGGUCAGGCGCCUCUUUUUGGACGAGACCGUCCACAUUCUCCAGGCCAUGGGCUUCAGCAGCAGCGCCGCCUACAGUCGGGCAGAGCAACUGCUAGAGCUGGAGAGGAGAAUCGCCGCUGCGGCGGAAGGACGGGCUGAGAGCUACGAUCGACGACGCCUGUUCAACCCGGUCCCCAUCAGCAAAAUGGACAGACUGUAUGGCUUGUUACCCUGGGUACAGUACUUCAUGACUCUAGGAUUUGAUGUGACAAGCGAUGACG